CAAGCAGAUGUGAAAGAGUUGGAAGACAUCACGGGCCUUCUGAGCUAUGAAGUUUCGAGUCGUCAGGCAAUGAUCGGAUGUCUAACGGAUGGUAGUAGCGAAACAUUUUGGGAAAGUGGUGAGGAGGUUAGUUAA